AUGGCCGGAUGUUUAGGAUUUGCAAUACCACUGCUGCUGCUGCUGUUGCUGGGGUCCGAAAGCUCGGCCGGAGGUAACCGAUGUGUGGCCGCGGCAGAGGCAUGCUCGGCAGAUGUGCGGUGCCAGCCGUUGCGCACCGAGUACGUGGUGCAGUGCUUGGGGCGGGCUACUUCAGGGGUCUGCCCCCGCGCCCGCUGCCACCGCGCCCUGCGCCGCUUCUUCGCCCACGGGCCGCCGGCUCUCACCCUCGCACUACUCUUUUGCCCAUGUGUGGAUGCCGCGUGCGCCGAGCGCCGCCGCCAGACCAUCGUGCCUGCCUGUGCCUUCUUGGGGCCCGGCUUAGGGCCGCCCUCCUGCCUAGCAACUCUAGAAGCCUGCGAACACAGCGGAGUCUGCAGGCCCCGCCUCCGUGCUUUCCAGGCCUCGUGCCUGCCCUCCCAGGUCGCCCCGGAUGUCUGCCCACCGGAGCAGGCCACCAGCUGCCGGCGCGCCUACGCCAGCCUUGUGGGCACAGCCGUCACGCCCAACUACGUGGACAACGAGAGUUCGCGUGUGGCACUCUGGUGCGACUGCGGAGCCAGUGGUAACCAGCAUGAAGAGUGUGAAGACUUCCGGGGGCUCUUUACAAGGAACUUCUGCUUGGACAGAGCCAUACAGGCCUUUGAGAGCCAGUGGCCCCCAACCCUGCAGGACCACUCCCAGGACCCUGGGCACCACCCCUCACAGUCUUCUGGAGCUUUAGAUCACCUAGAGAUAGCCAAACAUAAUUUAGGAAAUUUAAUCCUGUGCAUGAAAUGA